CCUGACAGAAGUGCCUCAGUGUAGGCCGGUGGAAGGUGGUGCUUUAAAAAGUUGUAAGAGGAGUUACUUGUUCGUCGGGCGGUGGUUUACCUCUAGUUAAAGACGUCUACAGUGUGGAACAGAACAGCAGCGCCGGACUCCGCGUUUGUCUCGACAAGGCACAUUGAAGACAGGAGAAAACAAAAUCUGCGCUUUCCUGAAGUUACUGAUUGUCGAGUUGGCAAAGAUGUUUCAGAUAAAAAGGAUCUGUUGCAUUGGUGCUGGAUAUGUAGGAGGUCCAACAUGCAGUGUGAUCGCCCAGAUGUGUCCAGAGAUCACAGUGACUGUCGUGGAUGUCAAUGAGUCCCGCAUCAAAGCCUGGAACUCAGACACUCUGCCCAUAUAUGAGCCGGGUCUGAAAGAGGUGGUUGAAUCAUGCAGAGGGAGAAAUUUGUUUUUCUCAACGGAUAUAGACUCAGCCAUCAGGGAAGCUGACCUCGUCUUUAUCUCUGUGAACACCCCAACAAAGACCUAUGGGAUGGGGAAGGGUCGUGCGGCUGACCUCAAGUUCAUCGAGGCGUGUGCUCGGCGGAUUGUUGAGGUGUCUGAUGGCUACAAGAUUGUCACAGAGAAAAGCACUGUCCCAGUUCGAGCUGCUGAAAGCAUUCGACGGAUAUUUGAUGCCAACACCAAGCCCAGCCUCAACCUACAAGUGUUGUCCAACCCAGAGUUCCUUGCAGAGGGAACAGCGGUGCGGGAUCUGAAGGAGCCAGACCGUGUCUUGAUUGGUGGAGAUGAAACAGCUGAAGGUUAUAGAGCAAUCAGAGCUCUGUGUGCCGUCUAUGAACACUGGGUUCCCAAAGCACGAAUCAUCACCACCAACACAUGGUCAUCCGAGCUGUCCAAACUGGCAGCCAAUGCCUUCCUGGCACAGCGAAUCAGCAGCAUCAACAGUAUCAGUGCUCUGUGUGAGGCCACCGGAGCUGACGUGGAGGAGGUUGCCAAGGCAAUUGGCAUGGACCAGAGAAUAGGCAGCAAGUUUCUCAAAGCCAGCGUGGGUUUUGGUGGAAGCUGUUUCCAGAAGGACGUGCUGAAUCUGGUGUAUCUGUGCGAGGCCCUCAACCUGCCUGAGGUCGCCUCCUACUGGCAGCAGGUGAUAGACAUGAAUGAGUACCAGAGGCGGCGGUUUGCCUGUAGGAUUAUUGAUUGCCUCUUCAACACUGUUACUGGCAAAAAGAUUGCUCUGCUUGGCUUCUCCUUCAAAAAAGAUACAGGUGACACAAGGGAGUCAUCCAGUAUCUACAUCUCCAAGUAUCUGAUGGAUGAGGGAGCCAAGCUGUUCAUCUACGACCCCAAAGUUCUUAAAGAACAAAUCAUUCAUGACCUCUCCCAGCCCAGCAUCUCAGAGGACAACCCAGAAAGAGUGUCGGAGCUGGUGACUGUAACCUCAGACCCUUAUGAGGCUUGCCAGAGUGCACAUGCACUGGUCAUCUGCACUGAAUGGGACAUGUUUAAGGAACUGGACUACGAGAAGAUCUAUAAGAAAAUGCUGAAGCCAGCCUUUAUAUUUGAUGGUCGCAGAGUGCUGGACCACCUCCACCCUCACCUCCAGAACAUUGGCUUCCAUAUCGAGACCAUCGGUAAGAAGGUGACAGCAACAAGAAUCCCCUACACCCCGGCAGCUGUUUGUCCUCGCAUCAGUGCCACUGAACCUCCCACCAAGAAAGCCAAAGUCUAAACCUCACUUGACCUCACCAGUCACACACACACACACACACACCACAUUCCUCUCUCAACCUUUUUAUUGUUGGUGAAACGUGAGUACACGCCUACUGCUCAAGGGGAGAAGGUUUGUUAAGCCUUCGGUACGAAAUUGUGUGGAAGAAAUUCAGUGAUAAAUCAUUCCAGCAACAGUUCAUUUUAUACAUUUCAUGUUAAAUAGCCUUUAUGAACCAAACAUUUCAGAUGCAGUUAGUGUAUGUGCUCAGUCUGUUGCAGUCAGUUUUAAAGGAACACUAGUUAGUGUUAGUCUACUUUCUUACAGUAUUUACUAUAUAAUCAAGUAUUAUUGCUAAAUUGCAAAUUUUUAUACUAUAUUUUAAAAUAUUUUUAUAAAUCAUCUUACUGUAUGUUAAUCAAUAUGUGUCCUCUGUAUCAGUGACUGUUUA